AUGGAGACCGUGGGCAAGUUCGAGUUCUCCCGCAAGGACCUGAUCGGGCACGGGGCCUUCGCCGUGGUCUUCAAGGGCCGCCACCGGGAGAAACAUGAUCUGGAGGUGGCCGUCAAGUGUAUCAAUAAGAAGAACCUCGCUAAAUCGCAGACACUGCUGGGGAAGGAGAUCAAGAUCCUCAAGGAACUGAAACAUGAAAACAUUGUGGCUUUGUAUGACUUCCAGGAGAUGGCCAAUUCUGUCUACCUAGUCAUGGAGUAUUGUAAUGGCGGGGACCUGGCUGAUUACCUGCACACCAUGCGCACGCUCAGCGAGGACACCAUCCGGCUGUUCCUGCAGCAGAUUGCGGGGGCCAUGCAGCUGCUGCACAGCAAAGGCAUCAUCCACCGAGACCUGAAGCCCCAGAACAUUCUGCUGUCCAACCCCGGUGGGCGCCGAGCCAACCCCAACAACAUCCGUGUCAAGAUUGCUGACUUCGGGUUUGCCCGCUACCUGCAGAGCAACAUGAUGGCGGCCACGCUGUGUGGUUCUCCCAUGUACAUGGCUCCAGAGGUCAUCAUGUCCCAGCACUACGACGGCAAGGCAGACCUGUGGAGCAUUGGCACCAUCGUGUACCAGUGUCUGACGGGCAAAGCGCCCUUCCAGGCCAGCAGUCCCCAGGACCUGCGCCUCUUCUACGAGAAGAACAAGACGCUGAUUCCCACGAUCCCCCGGGAGACUUCUGCCCCCCUGAGACAGCUGCUGCUGGCCCUGCUGCAGCGGAACCACCGGGACCGCAUGGACUUCGAUGAGUUUUUCCAUCACCCGUUCCUUGAUACCAGCUCUUCCAUCAAGAAGUCGCCCCCGGUGCCCGUGCCCUCCUACCCCAGCUCAGGAUCUGGUAGCAGCUCCAGCAGUAGCUGUACGUCCCACCUGGCCUCGCCACCGUCCCUGGGGGACAUGCAGCAGCUGCAGAAGACGCUGACCUCACCGGCCGCUGCCGCCACCUUCCUCCAAGGCUCCCGGGAGUCUGCUGGUAGCAAGGACUCAUCCUGCGACACUGACGACUUCGUCAUGGUUCCCGCUCACUUCCCAGGUGACCUAGGGGCUGAGACGGCCUGUGCCAAACCCCCUCCAGACAGCCUGCUGUGCAGUGGAAGCUCACUGGUGGCCUCUGCUGGCCUGGAGAGCCAUGGCCGGACCCCAUCGCCAUCUCCACCAUACAGCAGCUCCCCCAGCCCCUCUGGCCGGGCUGGCCCCUCUAGCAGCAGGUACGGCGCGUCUGUCCCCAUCCCAGUUCCCACGCAGGUGCACAACUAUCAGCGCAUUGAGCAGAAUCUGCAGUCGCCCGCCCAGUAUGGAGCACCCCGGUCCACCACCGUCCGCAGGUCAGGCAGUACCAGCCCCCUGGGCUUCGCCCGCGCCAGCCCCUCGCCCCCAUCCCAUGCUGAGCACGGCAGCACUGCCCUGGCCAGGAAGUUUGUCCUGGGUGGGGCCCGGCCCUACACACCCUCACCCCAAGUUGGAACCAUCCCUGAGAGACCGGGCUUCAGCGGGGCGCCCUCCCCACAAGGAGCUGAGAUGCGGGGUGGCAAGUUCCCACGGCCAGGUUCCUCGGCACCUGAACACUCACCCCGUGCCACUGGGCUGGGUUGCCGCUUACACAGCGCCCCCAAUCUCUCGGACCUUCACGUCGUGCGCCCCAAGCUGCCCAAGCCUCCCACGGACCCACUGGGGGCAGCGUUUGGCCCCCAGCAGGCCAGCCCCCCGCUACCAGCCUGUCGGCCCCUGCGUGGCUCUCCCAAAUUCUCUGACUUCCUGCAGCGCAGCCCCCUGCCCCCCAUCCUGGGCUCCCCCACCAAGGCCAGUCCUUCAUUUGAUUUCCCUAAGACGCCCAGCUCACAGAACCUGCUGGCCCUGCUGGCCCGGCAGGGUGUGGUAGUGACGCCCCCUCGGAACCAUACGCUGCCUGACCUCACGGAGAGGGGGCCCUUCCAAGCCCAGCCACUAAGUUCCGGGCUGCGUCCCCCUGAGGAGGCCAAGGGUCCAUUUGGCAGGUCCCUCAGCACUGGCCGCCUCACUGACCUGCUCCUGAAGGCAGCCUUCGGCGCCCAGGCCCCGGACUCGGGCAGCACCGACAGCCUGCAGGAAAAGCCGAUGGACAUCGCACCCUCUGCAGGUUUUGGAGGAAACAUGCACCCUGGAAUCCGUGCGGGGGGUGCCAGUAGCCCUUCCCCUGUGGUGUUCACCGUGGGGUCUCCCCCAAGCGGCACCACGCCUCCCCAGGGCCCUCGGACUCGUGUGUUUUCAGUGGGCUCUUCAGGCUCCCUCAGUUCUGCUGGCUCUGCCUCUGGUCGCCUCUUGAUGCCCGGGGCCUGUGAAGGUGCCACCCCUGAGGCCUCUGCCCCGGGACACUGCUGCAGCUUUGCCGACCCUAUUGCUGCCAACUUGGAAGGGGUUGUGACCUUUGAGGCCCCCGACCUGCCUGAGGAGACCCUCAUGGAGCAAGAGCACACGGAGACACUGCAUGGUCUGCGCUUCACACUGGCCUUUGUCCAGCAUGUGCUGGAGAUCGCUGCCCUCAAGGGCAGCGCUGGCGAGACCGCCGGAGGCCCCGAGUACCAGCUGCAGGAGAGCCUGGUGGCUGACCAGAUCAGCCUGCUGAGCCGCGAGUGGAGCUUUGCCGAGCAGCUAGUGCUGCACCUGAAGGUGGCCGAGCUCCUGUCCGCCGGGCUGCAGACAGCCAUUGAGCAGAUCCGGGCAGGCAAGCUCUGCUUGUCGUCCACCGUAAAGCAGGUGGUACGGAAGCUCAAUGAGCUGUACAAGGCGAGUGUGGUUUCCUGUCAGAGCCUGAACCUGCGGCUGCACAACUUCUUCCUGGACAAGCAGAGACUCAUGGACCGCGUACACAGCAUCACAGCCGAGAAACUCAUCUUCAGUCACGCCGUGCAGACGGUCCAGUCGGCGGCCCUGGACGAGAUGUUCCACCACCGGGAGGACUGUGUGCAGCGCUACCACAAGGCCCUGCUGCUCAUGGAGGGGCUUCAGCAGAUCCUCACGGACCAGGCCGAUGUGGAGAACAUCGCCAAGUGCAAGCUGUGCAUUGAGCGGAGACUCUCAGCCCUGCUGACCGGCCUCUGUGCCUGA